AUGUUCUGGCGUCGCAGUGCUGCGAAAAAGGCGGCGGUGGAGGAGACGGAUGAUCUGGUAAAGCUGCAAAAGCAGUUUGGUAUUGUACCAAUAAACGAUUCAGACGUAGAGACCGAGUUUCAAGCUCUCUUUGGCUCUCUAUCAAGUCCAAUCGAGGAAGAGCGUCGGUUUAGUGGGAUAGACAAUGAAGACGAGAACGAAGAAGCGACAAUUCUAAGAGAUUUGCAGCUAGAAGAAGAUCAAGAUGAGAGUGAUGGUCACGACGAAGCGAAAAAUGAGCUGUAUGGAUUGCUUGAGGAGGCCCAUACGACAGCGAGGGAAAGUCAUUGGCGAGAGGUUGCAGAAAUGAAAGAAAGCGGCGAGCUAGUUGCUCCACUAGAGGAGCAAAUUCGGACUUUAAAGAUGCAAGCACUGGCACUUAAGAAAGCGGGAAAAGUUCAGGAUGCGCUGGUCAAGUUUCGUGAGGCGAAGCAACUCCAAGAGAAGUUGUCGAAGCAAGGACUACGCUUGUUGCAAAUACAGCAUGAGAAACCGCAACAUUAUGUGCCAUCAUUGAAGGAGAUUGUGCUGCUGGAUGAUGGUAAUGAUGAUGAUGAUGGCGGUGAUGUUAAAGUUACGGACGAGGACUUGCAGGAUCCUGAAUUUCUAGCUCAAUUGGCGAGAAUGGGAUUUACAGAGGACGAUAGAAACAUCAGUGGUCCAGAUGAUGUAAAUGUGAUGCAGGAGUUAUCUGCUUUGGAGGCAAAAAUUUACGAAUUAAAGUUUCAGGCUGUGCAAUUUAAGCGUGAGAAUAAGAUUGCAGAUGCGUUGGCUUGCAUGCGGAAAAUGAAAGAGUUAGAGGCAAAGCGAGACGAGCAGCGAUCCUCUUCAGUGAUAUCUCUUCAAGUUGACCAGAAACGAUCAACACUAGAGGUUGCAAAAUCUGUAGAUGACUCGAUUCCAGACAACUCCGUAUCUGUUGUGCACUCGAGUGUGAAUACCCUGUCUUUUGACACAGAUUGCUCAGAAAGCAAUAACCAUAACAUAACUGACAUUGCAGUGCCUCUUCAAGACAUGAACGAUCCAGAUUUUGCAGUAGAAUUGCAAAAUCUGGGUGAUGAGGAUGCUUCACCGCUUGAGCCUGUGCAGACAGAAUUUUGCGUGUUGCCGAGCAUGAUGCUUGAACGAAAGAUUGUUGUUAACUCGCGAUCCUUGAGAAAGAUUCCAUCAAUUGAUGAGGACUACCUGAUCGAUGCGUUUGAUUACAAGCUUGAAUCUGAUGAGGAAGAAAGUUAUCGUACAUUGAUGAUGUCGAGUACACCAUUGCGUCCGCCUCCUUCUCUGUCAGAAGGAAAAAGCAUUUUGUCAUCAGCUGAAUAUGAACACACGACAGCCGAGAUAUUUUACGUUUCUGACUUAUUUACACAGUUACAAAAGGUCAGGCAAACGGCGUUAUUCUUAAAGCAGAAAGGGGAUAUACAAGGCGCACUUGAAGCCAUGAAGAGAGCAAAACAGAUUCAGAAUCAUAUUGAUCACAAGCAGCAGGUCUCUCAACAACCUGCAUCGACCCUCGUCUCUGUACCGAAUGUUGCAAACACUGCUAAAUUCCAGGAGAUUGAGCAACUGCUGGUAGAUUUUGGCAACCGAGCGAUGGUAUUGGCAAAAGAAAGUCUAUCGGUGAACCGUGAAAAAGCCUCAGAUUAUUUGAGCAGGCGAAAGCGCUACAGUGCCGAGCUGGAGAAACUACGACUAAAACGGCAAAAUCCGCUGCAGCUGCCUCCGCAUUACGAAAUUGUCAGAAGCUCGCGCAACGUAGUGUUUGAACUGCCGUUCGUUCAAGAUGAUCAGAUCAUGGUCUUGGUCAAGAGUGUGAAUGGGCUGUCGCAGGUUGCAGACAAGUUUGUCUUUGUCAAGUUUUGCCUUAAUUUUCCAUCUGGCGCGUCCCACGAGGGGCAAACUGCUGAAUUUCAAAUCAGCUCUAACGCCUCGUUUUCUACAAAGAUUCCAGUAAACCCGACGAGUUUCGUCUUUAAGUUGACACGAUCACGAGGAACGAUGCGCCUAUUUGAAAUAAAGAAGGCAGUUUUUGAAGUUUGGAAGCCGGCAACGCUCUUCCGGAACUCCGAACUUGUCGCUCGAGCUUAUCAGCCAUUGGCACCUCUCUUGACGUGCUGUGAAAUCAACACCCAUAUUCCUUUUCUCGGCCCAAAUAGAAAACCGUGUGGAGGCGAUAUUGAGAUAGCACUGCAAAUGCGUCGUCCUAUGAAGGAGAAAGAAAUCCGUUUGGAGACUGUGGAGGAAUUGGUCAUUGGUGAAUACUUUGAACCCAUGACGUCCUCUCUAGGACACGUGUCCAUGUCUGGUGCUGUAAUGGAGCAAGCAUCAGCUAGCUCCCACAGUCUUGCCAUGAUAGGGUCGAAACCGACGCGCGAUCAUCAGAGUGCAGUGCUUAAGGAGGACCAAGCAAGUUCUGCCUCUGCACCGCCAGAUGACCCACACGAUCUUGAUCUGAUUGUCAGCUACGAUGUUAUGAACGAAGAGCUUGUGAAAGUAGCAGCUAAACUCCCAUCCUUAACAGGACCUACGGCGAUAGAGUGGAGUGAUCGAUAUGAUUCGCUAGCAUUGAAAAAGCAACUGCUUGAGAUUGAAAUGCAGACUGGAAAACUGACGCUAGAAAUGUAUAUGGAGCGUCUACAUCUCCGUAUAUCUGCUGAUCGUGUGUUGAUCUCACAAUUGCUGACGUCCAAUCGACGGUUGGAUGCUGCACGAGUUCUCCAUCGUAUUAAAGUCAUGGAAAAAGAGCUAAAAGGUACGGAAUGUGAUCCCAGUGAUACAUGA